AGCCUAGCUCCUAGCUCCUAGCUCCUAGCUCCCUUUCUCAUUCAAAUAUAGUACAACUUUGUCAACAAAAGUUAAAGGAAUUUGAUCUUCAAAUGGCUGAAGCAACCUCUACACGCACAUAUGAAGAUUUCCAACCCUAUUCCAACUGGUUGAAAGAAGAGGGAGAUGAUACUUUUGUUGUCGAUCUUCCUGGUUUCAAGAGGGAUCAAUUGAGGGUUCAGAUCGAAAGUCAUGGUAACGUGAAGAUCACUGGAGAGCGUUUCCUUGCAGAUAACAAGUGGAGCCAUUUUCGCAAAGAUAUUCUAAUCCCAAAGAACUGUAACGAGAAUGAGAUUAAAGCAAGGUUUACCGAUGGUGUUUUUUACAUUAAAAUGCCAAAGACAAUAACUCGAUUUUCUACACAAGAUCAAGCUUCCAUGCCGCAGCAACAAGCACUACCACCAAAUCAGAAAACUGAAAUUGAGAAGAAAUCCGAGAAGGUAAAUGGUGGUGUCACAGAUCAGAAAACUGCAAAAGAUGAUAGGAACGAAAUGACUGGUAUAGAUGGAAAACAUCCAAACUUUGACCCUGACAGUGCUGGGAAGAUGAUUGGAUCCUUGGACAAUCAAGUAAUUGUCCCUCAAAAACAAACAAGUUAUAGGUUUGGGAUGGGUAUGAGAUGGCCAAGAGGAGUGAUUGUGAAUGCUGCAAUGGCUAUUGCUGUGGCAUUGGCUCUAGGGGUUUAUGCUAAGUAUAGAUUUCAGCAUUCAGAAGAGAGUAUUGAAGGCUAAUUUAGUCAUUGUACUCUUAACUAAUCUCGGUCCAUGCAUGUCCAAGUUUCUCAU